CAAUCAUGAUAAACAACAGUAUGCAGACAUUCACACACGAUCCAAUGCGAAAAAAUGGCUUCUGUGGCAAUUUCAUGCAGAGCUGCCUACGGCUUCAACACUGUUUCUUCAGCAACCGCUUCAAAUAGUCUCUUCCCGCGCUCUUCAACUUCUUCCUCUUCCAGGUUUUCAGUAUCUCCUUUGGUGAAGGUAGUGCAAGUGGAACGACAAAGAUUCACUAGAACUAGCGGGAAAGUAUAUGCUGUGGCAACUGUAGCAGAUGAUAUUAAGGAGUACACUCUUUCAUCAUGGGCUGAAUUUGAGAUUGGUCAGUCAUUGGUAUACUGGACAACUGAGAAUGGAUUGCCACCUAUGGCUGGCGAGAAACUUACAGUCUAUUACAAUCCUGUUUCAAGCAAAUUAGCUCCAAACCCAGAGUACGGAAUUGCAUUUAAUGGGGGAUUCAAUCAGCCAAUCAUGUGUGGUGGUGAACCAAGGGCAAUGAGCAGGAGAGAUCGAGGGAAGAUGUCUGAUCCUUUUUACAAAAUAAAGAUUCUUGUACCAAAGCAUGCUUUAACACUGGUUUUUUCAUUCACUGAUGGAACAAACUGGGAUGGUCCAUAUAAAUUACGGUUUGAAGUUCCUGCAAAAUGGCGCAACAAGCCAAUCAGCUUCUUCAAUGAGGGGCUGGCAGAAGAGUUAAGCCAAGAUGGAGCUUGUGAGAGAGCAAUAUAUGCACAGGCAAAUUUUGUUGUGGAACGUUGUUCCUUUCCAGCUAACUUGGUUGUCGAAGGGGGUGAUAGGUGUAGGCUUGAUUUGGUGCCGGGAUGCACGGAUCCAGAAUCACUUUAUUUUAAUCCUCUUGCAAAUGUGGAUGAUGGAACAUGCGAAGUCAUUCUAGAAAAUGAAUAGGUUCUGUAAAAUAAUAUAUGUAUUAAGAUAAAUCAAGGAUCUUAUGCCGAUCAUGUAACAUUUUAUUAGAUGAUGAAAUUACAUGAUUUGAAGGAAAUCAAUUCACACUAAAAAGAAAAUUAUUAACCAUAUAAGUUGUCAUCGAUUGGGAUAAACACAGUUGUUUCUGUUGAGUCAAUAUUGCUCUCUAAACAAGUACAAUCAAAGGACUAUCUAGGAUGGGCAUC